AUGGCGAAGAUCAAGCCAAAGGCAUUGCUGGCACAGAGCAAACAGAAGAAGGGCCCUACACAGAUCGGCCUGGUGAGGAUCAUCACCUACAUCGUCCUCGGCGCCCUAGCAGUGUCCUCUGUAUACUAUGCCUAUCAGUACUGGCAGAGCAAAGGACCGGCCGUUGCGGCAGCAGCAGCAGAAGGCGCCACGGGGAACUAA